CACAAAUCUAACGGACUACCUGUUGACAAGCGAUGAAAUCGUUACAUUUUGUCGACUCAGAACAUAACUGAUGCAACAAGAGAGGAUGUCUGCAUCGAAGUAUUCGAAGGACCUGCAAUGCCGAUCGCUACAUCGGCUAAAGCGUGAGAGACCUGGUGAUACAUCACAGAUCUCGAAGGUCAUGUUCCCACAUGAAGUCACCAAAGUGCUGGCUGCUAUAUCAUCAUCAACGGUACCACCGGAUUCGAAGAGACCACGCUUACACUCUGUUCCGAGUACUCAAUCUGAGAAAAUGGGAUUAAAGCUGUCUGGUCGAAUCCCCCAUAUGGUACUGGAAGAGUGCCUGAAAUGCACAGAAAAUGGCGAUAAGUUGGGGGUAUUGUCACGCUUGCGAGAAUUCUUCGGAGAACAUUUGUCUGUUCUCAGUGCUGAUUCACAGUUUUAUUGCGCAAAGCUUUUGAUUCAAAUAGCAUCAUCUUCAAGAAUUGUGACUAUAACUAAUACUUGCUUACUCUACGCACUUCAUAUCUGCAAAUCAGCCGAUAUGAAGCAAAAUAUAUGGGACGAAAUCGUGACAUUGAUGGCCGAUGAUAAGGAUAAAAAGGAAACAGGUGUAUUUCAUCGACCUGCUGUAUAUGCUUCAUUGCUAGCUCUUUUUGAGUGGGCACUAUCUGAAGGCUUGAAAAUAGGUCAAUACAUACAGGAAAUGAAUUGUAUGGCUGAGGAAAGCGUGCGUUCAACCGACCAAAACAAUCGCAUUGCUGCUAUUAAUCUUUUUGUGACGUGUCUGUUAAAAAGCAAGGAGCAAUGUUCGAUACAAGAGUUCCUGUGGCUCGAAAAACUUUUGUCGACAAUGGCGGAAGAUCGCGAUUCACGGGUGCGAAUAGCCGCAGUAAAGGGUCUUUCAGCGAUGGCUACGAGUGGGCGUUUACUCAGUUUUUCUCUUUAUCAGCAAGUGAAAAAUUUGUGUGAAAACUCGUCAAAAAUAGUUCGAAAAGAAGCGCUGUAUAUAUUGAAAGCAUUUGCAGACUAUCGCCCCGAAAUGGAAGUCAUUGGUCGAAACGGUGCAAAACUGCGGUUAGUGGAUGAUGCAUUUGCUGCUGUAUGCCAUGCAAUCAAUGAUGUGGAGGUCACUGUUCGUGCUAUUGCUGCCCGACUUCUGGGUGACUUCAAACAGGUUUCCGAUUCUUUUUUGGAUCAAACGCUUGACAAGAAACUAUUGAAUGCUAUGAGGAUGUCAAAAACACGGGAUGGUGCUUCAAAAAAACCUCAAGCAUAUGGAUCACGACGUCGGCGCUCACAAGCAACAAGCGAAUGGUCAACAGGGAAAAAAUUGGGAGAAGAUGCUCCAGUGGAAAGGUUCGAUGAAGAACAAGCUAGCAUCAUUUCUUCAGGAGCUUGUGGUGCUUUUGUUACAGCGUUGGAAGAUGAAUUUAUGAUUGUUCGACAGGCUGGUGUUUAUUCUCUGGGCCAGUUAGCCGCUGACCGUCCAUUCUUAGCAGCUGCUGCUUUAGAUCAUUUAGCCGAUAUGUUCAACGACGAAAUUGAGCAGGUGCGCCUAGAUGCUGUACGCGCCCUGACACCGCUGGUUGUCCAUGGCAUAUUGCAGAAAGAGCAGCUUGACACCAUACUGACCGUUCUUGAUGAUGCUUUGCCAGACAGUAGAGAAGCUUUGUGUGUAUUACUGUCAAGAUCAACAUUAGGUACUCCUGAUUGCCUUCGGUAUGUUGUCAAAGCACUACUCAAUUGUAUGAGAAGGUUCCCUAUUGAUCGUCAGUCAAUUUUCAAAUGUAUGAGUGAUCUUGGCCGUCGUCAUGCGACAUUCGUGCAACUCUUAUCCGAUGAACUGCUGGAAUUGCAUCCUGUUUUCGAUAUCACAGAGCCAGCAGUUGAUGACCAGUUUUAUUUGGCCAAGCUUAUAUUAAUAUUAAAUGCAGCAAGUGCUCAUGAUCCUAUAUGUUCACUAUUGCCAGCAUUUGCUGUGCGCCAUUAUAAAUUUCUGCGAUGCUCAAUGCCGCUUUUAGUACCUACAAUUGAGGCAUUUUCGGAUGACAGUACUUCUAGCACAAACAAUCUUUCUAUAAACAAAAAAUUAGCAGAAGCUGGGGAACGAACUCGUGCUCUCCUUGAGCGUACGUAUGAAAUGAUGCAAGAAGCUUCUCAAUCCCGAUCUUAUCAGCAACGAAUGAUUGAAAAAAGGCUUUUAAUCAAAGAUAUGAAUGCAUUAUGUGAAGGCGAUGAGGGAGUGGCCGGUACGGCACAAUUACUGUCUUACUUGUUAAAAAUUCUUACGCAGUGUGAACUCACUGUUAAAAUUCUUUCCUGUGGUGAUGAUUUACAAACUGCGCUCAACGCUGCUGAUGAGGGCCUCAGGCUUUUGGAGUGUGUUGGCAGUAAUUUUUCAUCUGUGGAUAAGGUAAUGUUAGCAACGCUCGAAGAAUUUCGUUUCCAACUUUCCAUUUUGCGCCUAGCAGCAUUAUUUGAUAUGAAACCUGGUGCUUACACAAAUGCAGCACAACUCGUAGAAGCGGAAAUGAUUCGAUUUAGAGAACGAUGUCAGUCAUUGGUGGUAUCUCCAAGUCAAUCCACGACUGAGGUAUUGAUUGGUAUUGAAAGGCUUUUCGCAGCAACACAAGCGAAGAAAUUCAUUAGCGGUUCAAGCCUGACUGCUUUAUUCCAGUCUCAUGCAGUUCUAUUGCAAAAGAAAUUUACAUCGCUUGGCAGCAUUUCUAUUAAAUGGGCUGAGAUUGUUGAACCAUCAGAAACUCCCAAUGAGCCACUACGUUUUGUCGUUGGAUUGCCACUUGGAAUCUCAAUAAAUAUUCUGUUGCAUAAUUUUAGCAAAAAUGACAUUUUUCAAUUCAGAAUAAAGACGGAUUAUCCGGAUCGAAGUUCGAUCUUAUUUUGCCCACGGGAAAGCGAAUUCAAAGAAAUUAGUGCACAGACUUAUCGACUUCUUUGCAAAGUGCUAGUACAGGCAGAUAAUCUGUGGUCGGAUUCAGCUCGAGUUCGUUUUGGAUGUGUGCUGAAAUCUCAACAAUUCAUGGAUGUAAUACCACCGUUAGGAAGUGGCUUUACCCGUUCAUCGUGUAUCCCCCUAGCAGAAUCACCGUUUUCAAAUAAACAAGCGGCCAUGGAAGUCCUCAUUCAACCUAUUCAAGCAAAAGCAAGUUGCUAGAAGGAUUCGUCUCUCCUGCUUUCCUAAAAUUAUCAGUUGUCAUAUAUAAAUAAACUAUGUCCUAUGUCGUUAGAGAACUAUUUUUUGAUAAUG